CUCAGAAACUCACUUCUGCAGGCUGCUCAUCAUAAGGAGUCGAGCAGGGAGAUGGAGCCGCAGCAGGAAGGUCUGGGACUUCCUUAAAGAGGAUUUCACUUUGUUUAAUACAUCGCUCCAAGACAACACGGACACAAAUCCUUCAUGUAGCGGAACAAAAUGCUAGCUCCUUGGUGAGGGUCAGAAAAUGAAUGCCUCCUCCUGCUGUGUUCCUCCAGUCAUUAUGUAUCAGCAGAGCUCAGGAUUUGACCUCAAUGCCAGCUGUGACUGGCCGGCUCCUCACUGUAACUGGACAUCAGUGGACAGUGCGCUGCAGCUGCCUACAUUUUCCACGGCGGCCAAAGUCAGAGUGAUCAUUACCUUCAUCCUGUGCGGCAUUUCCACUUUCUGCAAUUUGGCUGUGCUGUGGGCAGCCAACGGCCACAAGCGCAAAUCCCACGUCCGAGUGCUGAUAAUCAACUUGACUGCAGCCGAUCUCUUGGUUACCUUCAUCGUGAUGCCCGUGGACGCAGUGUGGAACAUCACAGUUCAGUGGCUGGCCGGCGACCUGGCCUGCAGGUUCCUGAUGUUCCUCAAGCUACAGGCCAUGUACUCCUGUGCCUUUGUCACCGUUGUGAUUAGUCUGGACAGACAGUCAGCUAUCCUCAACCCUCUGGCAAUCACCAUGGCCCGGCAAAGGAACAGGGUCAUGCUGAUGGUGGCGUGGACUAUGAGCGCCUUGUUCUCAAUCCCUCAGAUGUUCAUUUUCCAUAAUGUGACCAUCACCUAUCCAGCGAAUUUUACCCAGUGCACAACUAGGGGGAGCUUUGUCACUCACUGGCAGGAAACGGCCUACAACAUGUUCACCUUCUCCUGUCUCUUCCUGCUGCCGCUGGUCAUAAUGAUUAUCUGCUACACCAGGAUCUUUAUCCAGAUCUCCAAACGGAUGACAAAAAAGAACUUGUCCUCAAAUGAGCCACAUCUCCGCUGCUCAAAGAACAACAUCCCCAAAGCUAGAAUGAGAACUCUGAAAAUGAGCAUCGUCAUAGUGAUCUGCUUCAUAGUCUGCUGGACUCCGUACUACCUGUUGGGUUUGUGGUACUGGUUCUUUCCAGAUGACCUGGAGGGGAAAGUCUCUCACUCCCUCACCCACAUCCUGUUCAUCUUUGGGCUUUUCAACGCCUGCCUGGACCCCAUUAUCUACGGCCUGUUCACCAUACGCUUCCGCAAGGGGCUGAGGAUCUGCUACCGCAAAGCCACGGUGACGUCAGACCUGGAAACUAACACGGUGAUAACGGAAUCUUUGAAAUAUACUCCCACUGCUUUGCCCCCUAAAAGAGGGAUGGCCACUGGUGAAAAAGACAGCAACUGUGGACAGGCUAAGCCAAAAUCCUCUGACAGCAGGUGUCUGACUGUGUUUAGUCGAGGAGAAGGAGGACAAACAUGCCAUUUCAGCGCUGAGAGCACACCAUGUUGAGAAAAACUGAGUAGAACAAGGAACGUAAUACUGUUAAUUGAACUGGUUGAACUAUUUCACCUUUUUUUCAGUGUUAUCUGUGUACUGGGCAUGUUUAUUUCACAAUCACACAGAACAUGCAUGUAUAGAAUAAGUAUGAAAACAGAAAAUAUCCGUAACCUAGAUGUGUCUUUGUGUGUGUGGUGCUUAAGGCUGUCGAUCUUACUUAAGGGUUAUAUAACAUCUUUAUGAAUACAGUAACCAUAUUUGGAGCUGUUUGAUUGUUUGAGUGUUGCGUAAGUUGCACCCAUUUUAGGACGGGUCCGCCAUAUACAAUAUACAUAUAGCAAGGUCUGGAAAAAGACGGUGAUUGUCAGGUUACACAGCAGUGCUGCCCGUGGUGUGUAUGUGGUUACACACUGCAUGUCUAUUAGGAAGCCUCAAAUGACUGUUGUCUGUUGUCACUGAGGAAUGAGAACUUUCAUUUGCAGCUACCACAAACCAAGACUACUGUAGACAUUUUAGAGAUGCAUUAUGCAGUCCAUUCCCUUGGACUUCCCAAUCAUAUCUGAAAUAGGCUUUCCUUAGUAUGUAAGCCAUGAGCCAUAACAUUCUCUUCAUGUAAUGAAGAGAAUAGUGUCGAAGAUAUAAACGCGGGAUAAUCGGUCAUUUUAUUAUGUGUGGACAAUACAGAUUCCUAUGUAAAUUAUUCCAACAGACUUGAGCUGUGCAAUAGAACUUUUUCUUUCCUACUGUGACAUUUUGAGUUGUCAUAAUAGAAAAAGAACAGGUGUUACUAAUAGCAUUAACGAUGGCUGUGUCCUAUUCAUGUGUCCCAGUAAGCCAUGACAGUGUGACAGUGAGCCAGCAUGCACAGUACCAGGACCCUGAAAGUGAAGCAGCUAAUUAUUUACUGCUUUUCAUACUGUGGCACAAACAUGUCUUCUGUGAAAAUGUCCUUUAGAAGUUCCACAUUUUACGGCACUCUUGUCAAACAAGUUUGAAAAGAUCAUGUUUACGUUUGGAGCUUAUUCAUCAUACGCAAUCUAGUCUGGUAAGGUUGUUAAGAAACACCAGAGUUUGGUGAAUUUGAUAUCUUUUUUCUUUACAGUAUGGAACAUUAAAGAAAUAACUGCCUGCAGUAAUAAUGUGAGAUGAUGUGAGAUGGACUUUAAUUACUGCAUGCACUUUUAAUGCAGAUUACAGUAAUAUAAGAAAUUCUUAAAGGCAUAGGCUACUUUACAAUUGCCACCACUUCAUAUUAGACUCCAUUGGCUGCAUUAUGUAAUCAACUUGACUGCUGCUUAUUAUCUGAGUUCUCUGGAUUAACUGCAGGUGUUAAUUUCACCUGUACACCAGGAAAAAGCUGAUAAAAUCCUUGAUAUAGCGCUGUAACUAAUUAUUUUUACUAUCAAUUAUUUAAUUAUCUAUUUUCUGGAUUAAUUGUUUGGUCUAUGCAAUGUCAGAAAUAAUUCUUUGGACUUUAUUUGAUAGGAACCACUGAAGAGAGACAGGAAAUGUGGAAGGGGGGGAUGACAUGCCACAGACUGGAUUUGAACCUGAGCCGCUGUGGUAAGGACUCAGUCUUGUACAUGAGUCUUGUACAUGGGGUGCGUGCUCUACCAUAUGAGCUACCAGGACGCCCCAUCUUUGGCUGUUUUUUUUUAAACAAUUAAUUGAUUAUCAAAAUAGUUGCAGAAUAACUUUCUGUUGAUCGACUAAUCAAUUAAUCGACUAAUUGUUCACCUCUACUUUUACCAUCGGGUCCGUCCUCCCUCAGAAUCUUUGAAAUGGCACAUGUGGUUCACCACCCUUUUUUUAUAUAUAUAAGGAUAUAAACUUGAACCGUAAUGAUUCUGUGUUUGAUAUGCUCUUGUCUCUAGUUUAUUCUUGGAUAAAUAAAUAUCCAAUAGAUGUCUCCAUCUAGCAUCAGGUGGCUCCAACAGCUCCAACUCUAUCUCAUAAAAUUCUGUUAAAUGAGCCCAGAAUCCUUUACACACUAGAGGUGAAUUGCUGUGACCAUGCAAGAGACAGGGCUGCAAAUCAAUCAGUGGGUAGAGCUAAUAGAGCCAGGGAUAAGGGUCUGGAUAGAAGCAUUCAUCAAAUGAAUGAUGUUAUAACAAAAGAUCAUGCACUGUUAGUUACAGUGUUCAUCUAUAUCUUUAUCGGGUUAGUAUAAAGCAUUACAUUGUAUCAGUGGUAGGGUGCGUGAGCUGCAGUCGUAUAAAGGACCAUUAGGCUGGUAAGAAAACUGAGCCAAAAUGCAAAACUCUCAUUUAAUUGGACAAUCUUUAUUCCAACCCACCCUUUCUUGUAGCCUGUAGCCAUCAGCGUGGGAUAGUGAUCCAAGCAGCCAAAAUUAUGUGUCUCAGGAGAUUUAUGGGGAGCUCAGAAAUCCGAGAAAACCAAAGCCUGUUGGUUCUGGCACCCGUGAAGGAUGCCAUCUGGACGCCUCUCUUUGGAAGUGCACUGGGACACGACUACCUGUGAGGAUAAUCUGAAAUAGACCUAAAUCACAUAUAUUCUACUAUGUGAGAUUUACAUCUACUCACUAUGUAACAAAAAGCCUUAAACAAUAUAGUUAGAUGCACAACAAUGUACCACUUUCUGUAUGAAAGAAUAUAGAUUACUAAUCCCAAUGGCCCCCCUUCCAGUCUGUCGGUCUGCCUUGUAUGAAGUACUACUUUAUGUAUCUCCUAAUUAAACUUGAUGCAAAGAAUCUUUUGCAUUACAACAACAAAACCGAUCACUCCAUUUGUUAUAGCCUUGAUCACAAACAAUUAACUGCAAAAGUAACAAAUUCAGCUUUUAAUACCUCAAAUUAAUUCCUAAACAAAUGGCAUUGUCCAAACUUGCUUCAUUGGCUUACUUUGUAACCAAAAUAAAUAAUUCAACAUUUUUGGAAUAUGCUUAUUCGCUUUCUUGUCGAGAGUUAGCUGUGAAAUUCAAUAGUGCAUGUGUGCGUUAAAUAUGAAGCUAUGGCCAGCAGCUUGUUAGCAAGUUUAUCCGGCCAGGAUGGAGUCUCCACUAUCUGUACAACGCAAAUUGUUGUUUUACAUUGUUAUAAGGGGACUGAUUUCAAAAUGAGAUGACACGUGUUAAUUAGUAAGCUUUAGAGGUGCUAGGAGGCAUAUUCUUUAAACUUUGCACAGUGCCGGGCUAGCAGCUAAGCUAAGCUAAUUGCCUUCUGGCUCUAGCUUCAUAUUUGACGUACAGACGUGAGAGUGGUAUAGAUCUUCUCAUCUAACUCUCAGCAAGAGAGUUACAUGCGAAGCGAAUAAGUGUAUUUUUCAAAAAAGGUCAAACUACUCCUUUAACUUAAUUCAGUAUUUCUAAUAAUACAUCAGAAGUCAUGAUAUACAGUAGUAUAAACCAAUUGUUGUGACACCACCUGUGCCACCGUCUCUGAAGACAUAUUUGUGUUAUUGGCUUUACUGGGUGGAACUGUCCAUCUAGACUCUCUGUCAGAGUCUCUAAAGGGACUUGUAAGCCCAGAACAUUUUAUCACUGAAUCCUCUGGAGACCCUGAAGCUAGGUCCCUCUUACCAGAGCAGUCAGCACAUCUGGUCAAGGGCGAUAAUGUUACUCUCUCCUGACAAACUAAAUGACUGAAUAGCCAUUGGCUUUAUGAAAGAAUACAACAUUACACACAGCUGUAGUCACACAUAACAGUACUGUUGUUUUAAUCUGGGUGGUUACCAUCCAGGAUCCAUAUCACUGAUACUGGAGCUGUUUUCAGUCUAAUCCUUUUUUCAGCCCAUUCUGAAAGAUAGUGUGUGUGUGAUGUCUGUUUAUUGUUGCAGUAGAACAAGUUAUUGCUUACAUUGUUUUGGACUUUGCCCACAUUUUUUUUUCCAUCCCGUUUUGGCUGGAGAAUGCCAACUCAUUCAUUGCUCACUGAUGCUUCCCAGGCCUGUCCAUUCCUAUCACGUCUCCUCUAGUGAGAGGGGAGCACAUCGUCUGAUGAGCGCAUCAUCACACAGGCCUCCUUUCAACAUUUCUCCCAGUCCUACCGCUCACAAAACAGAUGUACGCACCUGUAGCUCGCUAAAGGACAGCUGCUGAAGCCAAGAAACGUACAUGUUUUGUGUUUGCCUCAUUGCAGCCGCCAAUUCAAUGUACUGAUCUGCAUGAAACCCACACAGACUGGAUAUGUACAGUGUAUACAGCCACUUGAAAACAGUCCAGUGUUACAGACCAGUGGCUCUGUGUAAAUAGUGCUUUCCUUACAGAAUUAGUUUAACAUCGUGCUGUUUCAUAGCACUGAUUCAGCCAACGUGUUGACCUUUCUGCCUCUGGUGAAAUCACCACUGCUCAUUCAUUAUGUCAGCGGGGUCAGAUGACGUAUCUGACUGAGAUAUUAUUAGCCUGAAUACAUUCUCUGGCAUACAGUAGCUUAGCUAUUGUAAGCCUCAAUACAUUUUGUGACCAGUAGAGUUUAUAUUUAACUAGCGAUUAGGCCUUGGGGGUUUGUUUCUCCACGUGGAUUCAGUACAGUUGCUCUUAUUGUACCCAAACUACAAUAGGAGCAUCAGUAGGUUUAACACAGUACAGUGAUGACUUAUAUUCUCUCUGCUUAGUAUGUCCAACUGCAGGACAUUUCUUCUUUGUGCAGUAACACUCUUGAAUGAACCCAGUGGGGUUAUUUGCCCAUAUUUUGCGGCAGGGGAUUGCCUCUUUCUCAGUGUGUUACACCGCCUCAUCACAAGUUAUUACUGUGAUUUUCUCUGCAGUUUUUACAUGGUUAUACGGUUCCUUUUUGGGAAAAAGACAUCACCUUAAAUUACCUUUCAGUAGCUUUAAAUUCUGAGGAAGGAGUCAACAAAAAUCUUGUUUGACUUGUACCAGCAAAAGUGCCCCCUUUUUUCCCAAAAAGGGAAAAUCUCACUUUGGAGCCAAACCUCUUUGCUUUUUAAAGGUCAAUUUCAGGUAAUGGCAAAUUUAUUGGGUUGAAGACUUGGUGCAGUUCAACCACUUCACCGUACAGACUAAUGCAAUUCUCCCUGUCAAACACUGGUGCAGAUAAAGUGCAGAGAUAGUUGAACGUCAUUAAGGGCACAUUAUAAGCCCUACCCUUUUUUUCCAGAUGCAGGGCGCUACAAUCAUUGGUAACUGAUUUUGUCAUGUCAAAGUGGCAUUUAACAUCUAUAGUAACCUUUUCAAAUAUCAGGAACUCGACUGCACUUUGAGUUCUGCUGCAAAGUAAACCUGGAGAUGUUCAGAGUACUCAGUUAAGUAAUCAAUUCGCAUGAGAAUUGAUAUUGAUUCAGUCAAGUCAGAAGUCAGACUUUCCACACAAACACCGGUAUUUAUAAAGACAAGAGAGUGCUAUGACGCUGUGCAUAUGCAUAUGUACAUGCAUGCUUUCCACUGUGAAUACAAUAUGUUUGAGUGUGCCUCAAAAUCCUUUUAUAUUUCCGAUGAUAUUUAUUGUAUCUGAAAUAAUGGUUUCCUUAUCCACACCUGUAAAAUACACAGCAAUGUGAGAGAACUAUAGAAAGCAACAUUUUCAUUUGGCCUUGAUUAUAUGUGAUCAGUUAGCCUGUUAAAGGAUAUGUGUGGUGAUAUUCUAUAUGUUUCUUAUUGCCAGCAAAUCCCAUGAAAAGAUCUAACAAGUAUUGUGUGUAUAGUCAAAUCUGCUGAAUCUGCUGUACCUGCACCCCUCCUUUAAAAAAAGUGAUGUUUAUUAUUAUUAUUGUUGUUGUUUAUAUUACUAUUGUGUAUUAAUUAAUUAGGCCUACACUUGAAUAACAAUUGAAUGUGUUUGAAGUGUCCCAGUUUGACAGUAUAGCGCAUGGAAAAAUGUG